UUUCUUAUCUUAAAUAUUCGUAAGAAUACUUGUAAUGAAAUACACAAAAAGCAUAUACUUAUAUGCAUAUGUACUUUUACAGAAUUUUUUUGUGGUUUAUCAUUCAGUUUUAAAAUUAAUAUAUUAGCCAUAAAAAAAUAGAUUUAAAAUGGUUCAAGCUUGGUAUAUGGAAAAAAACUGGACUGGUGAUCAACGUGAAGAACAUCAUAAACAACCUCCAGAAUUUAUCGAAUUAGAUAAAUUGUAUAAAUUGAGCGGAGUGGAAUACUUCCAAGUUAAUCAUUUGAACCCAUCUAGUGAUGAGAAAUUAAAAUCAUUAAAAAGCAAUAGGGGAUACACUUAUGAAGAUGAAAUUACUUGCUCUAAAGAAUGUUUGCAAGAUUAUGAAAAAAAAUUGAAAAUUUUUUUUGAGGAGCAUCUUCAUACUGAUGAAGAAAUAAGAUUAGUUUUAGAAGGUUCUGGAUAUUUUGAUAUUAGAGAUACAAAUGAUGACUGGAUUCGUAUUAAAGUUGAACCUGGUGAUCUAUUAAUUAUACCUAAAGGAAUUUAUCAUCGCUUUACAUUGGAUUCUAAUAAUUUCAUCAAAGCUAAACGUUAUUUUAUUGGAGAGCCUGUAUGGACACCUUACAAUAGACCCGCAGAUGAUAUGGACUGUAGACAAGAAUAUUUAAAUCUAAUUAAAUCCUUUUAACAUUUUUACAUUGCGAUAUUGUUAUAGUAUAAUUAUUAUUUUAUUUUAAGUAUUUUCUAACAAAUAUUAGCUUGGUAGGUAUGGAAAUAAAAUUUAUAUUUUAGUUAAUAUUGUAGAAAGUUAUUAUCAUUUUAAUGUAAUAAUAAUUAUUUAUAGUUUAAAAUAAACAGUUUUCUUGCA